GCAGAAUUGAUGUUAAAAGCAUGUUCUGAAAUAGUAAAUGAAUUAAUAACAGCUCACGAACAAAACAAAGAUGUUAAUCUGAAUGGAUUGAAAACAAAAUAUUCGAGACUUAAUAAAUUAUCAAAUCAGCCUAAAUUGGUUGACAUUAUUGCGGCUAUACCUGAACAGUAUAAAAAUGCAUUGAUGGGAAAGCUGAAAGCUAAGCCUAUUAGAACUGCUAGUGGGAUUGCUGUUGUAGCUGUUAUGUGUAAACCACAUCGAUGUCCUCAUAUUGCAGUUACUGGAAAUGUUUGUGUAUAUUGUCCAGGUGGUCCAGAUUCCGAUUUUGAAUAUUCAACGCAAUCAUAUACUGGUUAUGAACCAACAAGUAUGAGAGCUAUUAGAGCAAGAUAUGAUCCUCUAGAACAAGCCAGAGGACGUGUUGAUCAAUUGAAAAGUUUGGGUCACAAUGUUGAUAAGGUUGAAUAUAUUAUUAUGGGUGGCACGUUUAUGUCAUUACCUGAAGAUUAUAGAAAUUGGUUUAUUGCCAAUUUACAUAAUGCUUUAUCUGGUCAUACAACUAAUGAUGUUGAUGAAGCUGUAAGUUAUUCGGAACUAAGUAUGACAAAAUGUAUUGGAAUUACUAUUGAAACACGUCCUGAUUACUGUUUGAAGCCACAUUUGAGUCAAAUGCUACGGUAUGGAUGUACACGCCUAGAAAUAGGUGUACAAAGUGUAUAUGAAGAUGUAGCAAGAGACACAAAUCGUGGUCAUACGGUUAAGGCUGUAACUGAAACUUUUCAGCUAGCAAAAGAUACAGGAUUUAAGGUUGUUUCUCAUAUGAUGCCAGAUUUACCUAAUGUUGGGCUUUACGAAUUAUGGAGAACAGGCCGAUAUAAAAAUUAUACGCCUAACGCACUGGUUGAUCUGAUCGCUAGAAUUCUAGCUCUUGUCCCUCCCUGGACUAGAAUUUACAGAGUACAAAG